AUGAGGUUCGCAUCAGCAAUCUUCACCCUGGCUGCGGCCACUCUUUCACUUGCUUCAGACCCCAGCGACUGCUCAACCACCUCAAAGGAAAAGACGGGCUCAGACUUCAAGCUCACCGAGCAAGCAGACAAUGUCAACGUUGCCUCCCUCUCCAAGAUCUACACCGCGGCCGGCAAGAAGGUAUCGGUCGCCGACGUCUUCAACGAUGGCAAUCACCAGAUGACCACCGAUUCCUCCGGGCGCAAGCUGUGGCAGCAUACUUCAGACUUCAACGAUGAGGACACAACCAAGUGGGUGCCACAAGGUAUCACCUCGACGGCCGAUGCGCUUGUACGAAGCGUCCGAGUUACGUUUGUGAAUCGAGCCGAUGAUACCUACCGCCAUGCACUGCUCGUAUACCCGCAUGCAUCCGACAACUUCAGAGAGGUGCCGGUACAUGCAGGUGGUAUCAUGUGGUAUGGAAACACUUUGUGGGUCUUGGACACUUACAAUGGUAUCAGAGUCUUUGACUUGACCAACAUCUGGCAAGUUGGAGAUGGCGAAGACGUUGGCAAGGUCUCCAGCGGUGUCUACUCGGCUGCUGGCUACAAAUAUGUGAUUCCUCAAAUUAGAUGGUACAAGUGGUCUUCCUCCUUCGAGUUCCGGCACUCCUACAUGGCCCUGGAUCGCACCAUCACCCCCGACAGUCUCAUCGUCGGCGAGUAUCAAACCUCAACCUCGGACCCCAUCCGUCUGGUCCGGUACGAGCUCGACUACACCACCCGCCGCCUCAAGACCGACAGCAGCGGCGUCUCCAAGGCCAUCUGGGCCUACUGCGUCAACAUUGAGCGCAUGCAGGGCGCCGUGUCGGCGAACGGCAAGUUCUACCUCUCGCGAAGCAAAGGAGCGUCCAAGGGCGAUCUCUGGGCCUGGGUUCCCGGCGGCGUGGCGAAGCAGAAUGCGGGCUUCUACCCCAGGAGCCCCGAGGAUCUGAGCUAUGACAAGAGGAAUGGCGGGCGUCUGUAUACCGUGACGGAGGCGGAGGGCGUGAGGUAUAUCAUCAGCUCGGCUGUUAGCAGUGUCAGCUUCUAGUUGAGUUCGCGGGAGUCCGAGGACAGUCGGACUGGGUCGGAUAAGGAGUUAAGGGACAGGGAUCGGCCGCCCUGUGAGGCACAGCUUAAGGUGGGUGUGGGGGAUCGGUUGGCGGUUGCGUCUAAGAGAGCGAGUCAGAAUGCUUUGUCACUUACAUAGGUGACGUAGAUGGCGCUCUUCAAACGCAAAAAAAAAACGGUUAGUUAUCCAAGCGAUGCACUGCACUCCAGGGUGGGAAAUAAACCAAGUAAGUCAAAUCUGACCCCAGAUUUGGACUUGAUUUGAGGGUAAAUUUGCAGAUUUGUUUGAAAAGUGGGGAAAUCGGGCUUGGAUUUGCAGAUUUGAGUCUUUAAAUCUACGGAUUAUCUAAUUGUUCCGGGCACCGGCCCCUAUAACUCUUAUACUUUACAUACUCUACAAAUUGAAAUUAUCGUUUUCGACGUUUAAUUCAC